AUGCUGUUGAAGAACCAGAGGAUCAUCACGCCCCAGGCAACAUCCUUGCAGCUGUACUUCAACGAGAUCUGGACCCUUGUCCAGUAUAUUUAUCUUUGGAACGAUAAAUAUGAUGGAGACGAAACCAACGGACCUAGCCAUUUGCCGCGAAAACAUUUCCAGCUUCUAAAACGAGCGGGGCGCGUUUAUUCAAGUGGAAAGUUCUAUUGGAUAUGGGAUAUGCGAGUUGGAGAUGAGGACAAACAAUACAUAGUGUUUGUUUGUUGCUCUCGUGUAUUCAACGGAAAUCCCGCCCAAUUCCGGUCCUCUGCUAUUUUUGGCCAUUACCAACCACGGACAGCUGCACGCAAGCAGGGUUCGCCGGUCAGAACUGCGUUCCUCGUCCAACAUUCCAUCUGUUUUAUCGAAGGAAGUAAGGAUGGACAUUUCUUCCAAUUGGCAUGUCAACAUCCAGGGUGUGUGCCAACCAUUAGACGUAAUAAAAAGGCCUUCAAAAGAAUCCGGAGAGACGGAAAAAGACGGAAUCCGUAG